AUGAGCAAUGAACGGACGACGACAGAGGACGACAAGGAAGUGCAGAGAUGCGUGAAAUCCGUGUCGCUGUUCAACGUGGUGGGCGGUGGCGGUAAACGCGUGUUUGAUACUGGUUCGCCGGUGUACGUUUUUGGUCAGCCGUCGAUGGAGAAGAUUUCCUACCCAGGUUUAUUGGACGAGACCGGCGCCGAGGGUCCGCAAAUGGCGCAGUACCCGACGGCCGCCGAAAGGAGUUCAUGUCCAUCGACGCAGCGAGUCAUGUCCGGCGGCUCAGCGAAGUCCGGUUCUUCGACGACUUCCGCCAGCGAGAUUUGCCGCAUCUGUCACUGCGAGGCUGCACCUGAGGCUCCUCUAAUUGCCCCCUGUUAUUGCAGUGGUACUUUGAAAUACGUGCAUCAAAAGUGUCUGCAGCAGUGGAUCAAGUCGUCACAGACCAAGGCGUGCGAAGUGUGUCGUUUCAGCUUUAUCAUGCAGACCAAAGUGAAACCCUUCAGGAAGUGGGAGAAAUUGGACAUAAGCUUGGUGGAGCGCAGGAAAAUCUUUUGCUCUGUAGCGUUUCACAUUAUUGCCAUUACGUGCGUCGUCUGGUCGUUGUACGUGCUGAUCGACCGCACCGCCGAGGAGAUACGCGAAGGUCAGCUAGAUUGGCCAUUUUGGACGAAACUAGUGGUGGUAGCUAUCGGCUUUACUGGCGGUUUGGUGUUCAUGUACGUUCAGUGCAAGAUGUACGUGCAACUGCUACAGCGCUGGAAGGCGUACAACAAAGUGAUAUACGUCGGAAAUUGCCCAGACUUCCCGAAGCAGAACCUCGCCUGA